AUGCGAAUAGUUCAGCUCUUCUUGAUCCCAUGCGUCUUUUUGGCUGUGUUGGUGCUUGGUGUACCCCUUAACAUCCUCUCCCUGUGGGUGUUGUCCCGCCGAUUGGCACGGAAUAACCGCAGUACUCUGUUCUUCCACAACCUAGCAUUGGCUGAUGUUUCCUGGCUAAUGGCCUUGCCAUUCCUUAUUCAGUUUCAUUUUUCUGGAAUGGAGUGGUCACUUGGCUUACUAUUUUGCAAACUUAUCCGUAUGCUCUACCAUAGCUACUUUUACCUAAGCAUAUUCUUUGUGACCUGUGUGAGUGUAGACCGCUACCUGGCCAUCGUCCACCCUGUUCAUUCGCCUGUUCUUCUUACUCGCCAACGUGCCAUUAUGCUAUGUAUCACUGUUUGGGUGUUUGCCAUAGUGAUGAGCAUUCCAGUGGCCCAGCUGACUUACCUCUCAGACUGCCAAAAUGACAACAAGACGGUGUGCUCUCUGUACAUCUUUAAUGGUACAGUUAAACACAGCUUGACCUAUUCCAUCUGCUGUACCUGUGCAGGAUUCCUGCUUCCAUUUAUAGUGCUGAGCUACUGUUACAUAUGCAGUGUGUGCCAGCUGCGAAGACGGGUUGACCCACGUCUCAGAGGAUUGGCCUGUGAGCUUGGUGCUGCCAUGGUCUUGUUUGGACUUUUUUACUUACCAUAUCAUUUAAGUCGGAAUGUGGCUAUAGCCAUGCCAUCACUAACACCAGAUGAUCCAUGGGCAUGGGAAAUGGCAGAUUUAGUGUUUUCUAUAGAAAUGUGUGUGUGCAGUUUUACUUCCUGUACUAACCCUCUGUUCAGCUGCUUUGUUGGGAGGACACUUCGAAGGGAGAUAUCCUCAACUCUCACUAAGCUGCGGAAAAAGCACAGAGUGGAGCCUGGGCAUGAGGAGGACAGCAAAACUGAGGAGUCCAGGGUUAGUGUUAAGGCAAAAAGUUAG